CGCGGUUCUUCGUUUGAAUUCUAUCUGCCGUUACAUAUAUAGCCAUACAUAUAGAUACAGAAAAUGAAAACCAACUUAUAGAAAAUUUUGCCACUGCUUCAAACUUCCGGCCGAUUCAUUUUGAUUGUCGGUCUGCAGUACAGAAAUUCAAAAUCCCUCCAUUUGAUUUUGAUCUGUCAACUCGCCGAGUAGUUUUUUGUUUUUAGCGGUUCCGGAUUCAAAUCGACGCAGAUCUGUUACUUGGACAGAUACAAUGGAGAACCUCAUCUCAUUGGUAAACAGAUUGCAGAGAGCUUGCACAGCGCUAGGCGAUCACGGCGAGGAUAGUGCUUUGCCUACUCUGUGGGAUGCGUUACCUUCCAUCGCCGUCGUCGGUGGCCAGAGCUCAGGAAAGUCUUCUGUGCUAGAGAGCAUUGUUGGCAAGGACUUUUUACCCCGUGGAUCAGGUAUUGUGACCCGUCGUCCACUUGUCCUACAGCUUCAUCGCAUAGAUGAAAAUAGAGAAUAUGCAGAAUUUGGGCACAUUCCAAGGAAAAGGUUUACUGAUUUUGCUGCUGUGAGGAAGGAAAUUUCAGAUGAAACUGAUCGUGAGACAGGCCGUACUAAAGCAAUCUCAAGUGUUCCUAUUUAUCUCAGUAUAUAUUCUCCUAAUGUUGUGAACUUGACAUUGAUUGAUCUUCCUGGACUUACUAAAGUUGCUGUCGAGGGACAGCCAGAAAGCAUUGUUCAUGACAUUGAAAACAUGGUUCGCUCUUACAUUGAGAAGCCUAAUUCUAUUAUUCUUGCAAUUUCUCCUGCCAACCAAGAUUUGGCCACAUCAGAUGCAAUAAAAAUUUCACGUGAAGUAGAUCCAAAAGGGGAGAGGACAUUUGGAGUUCUGACGAAAAUUGAUCUUAUGGACAAGGGUACUGAUGCUGUCGAUAUAUUGGAAGGAAAAGCAUACAAGCUACCAUAUCCAUGGAUUGGUGUUGUCAAUCGUUCCCAAGCUGAUAUAAACAAAAAUGUUGACAUGAUUGCUGCUAGGCGUAGAGAGCGAGAAUAUUUUUCUAGCACCCCCGAAUACAAGCAUCUAGCUCAUAGGAUGGGCUCAGAACAUCUUGGGAAAGUUAUGUCUAAGCAUUUGGAGUCUGUCAUCAAGUCUCGCAUCCCUGGUCUCCAGUCUCUUAUCAACAAAACUAUCAUUGAGCUAGAAACAGAGUUGAGCCGUCUUGGGAAGCCUAUUGCAACUGAUGCUGGAGGAAAACUAUACAUGAUUAUGGAAAUUUGCCGUAUUUUUGAUGGAAAUUUCAAAGAACACCUUGACGGAGUCCGACCUGGGGGUGAUAAAGUUUAUAAUGUCUUUGAUAACCAGCUCCCUGCUGCAUUGAAAAGGUUACAAUUUGACAAGCAUCUUUCUAUGGAAAAUGUACGGAAGCUUAUAACUGAAGCUGAUGGAUAUCAACCUCAUUUGAUAGCCCCUGAACAAGGAUAUCGUCGUCUCAUUGAAUCUUCAGUGAUUAGUAUUAAGGGUCCUGCCGAGGCUUCUGUUGAUGCGGUUCAUGCUAUACUGAAGGAUCUCGUUCACAAGGCAAUUAAUGAGACUACGGAGCUAAAGCAGUACCCCUCUCUCAGAGUGGAGGUCAGUAAUGCAGCUGUUGAAUCAUUGGAAAGAAUGAGGGAUGAAAGCAAGAAAGCCACUCUACAGCUUGUUGAAAUGGAGUGUAGUUACCUUACUGUAGAUUUCUUCCGUAAACUGCCUCAAGAUAUUGAGAAGGGUGGAAAUCCAACACAUUCAAUUUUUGACAGAUAUAAUGAUUCCUAUCUGCGGAGAAUUGGAUCAAAUGUAUUGUCUUAUGUCAAUAUGGUAUGUGCCAGCUUGAGGAACUCCAUUCCUAAGUCUAUUGUUUACUGUCAAGUGCGAGAAGCGAAGCGUAGCUUGCUUGACCACUUCUUCACUGAGUUGGGCAAAAAGGAGGCGAAACAGCUGGGCAAACUUUUGGACGAGGAUCCAGCUAUAAUGCAGAGACGUGUAUCCUUGGCUAAGAGAUUAGAGCUGUACAGAUCUGCUCAAGCAGAGAUAGAUACAGUUGCAUUGUCGAAAUAGACAGACAUCUAAAUAUAUUUCAUGCGAAUUAUUGGUUUAUCACUAUUUAAUUUUUUCACUAUAACUAGUGAUUCUAAUUUCUUUUAACGUAUUCUCAUCUUUUAAAAAAUAUAAAGCAUAUUAAUGUUCA